AUGGCGUCUCCCAGUGGGAAGGGAGUCCGGGCGCCGGAGGCUCCCAGCUACGGCUCCCGGCAGCUCGCCCGAGACUUCGAGGACUCGGUGGACGACGCGGAAGGGCUGUACGUGGCAGUCGAGCGGUGUCCGCUGUGCAACACCACGCGCCGCCGGCUGACCUGCGCCAAGUGCGUCCAGAACGGCGACUUCGUCUACUUCGACGGCCGCGACCGGGAGAGGUUUAUUGACAAGAAGGAAAGGUUAAGCCGACUUAAGAGCAAACAAGAAGAAUUUCAGAAAGAAGUACUCCGAGCUUUGGAAGGAAAAUGGGUAACAGAUCAGCUGAGGUGGAAAAUAAUGUCCUGCAAAAUGAGGAUUGAACAGCUGAAACAAACAAUCUGUAAAGGAAAUGAAGAAAUUAAAAAAAAUUCUGAAGGCCUCCUCAAAACCAAGGAAAAGAACCUGAAGCUGUACAGUCGAGCGCAGCGGCACCAGGAGAAGAAAGAGAAGAUUCAGAGGCACAAUCAUAAGUUAGGCGACCUGGUGGAGAAGAAAAGCAUCGACUUACAGAGUCAUUAUGAGCGUCUGGCCAAACUUCGGCGAUCUCACAUCUUCGAGCUCACCUCUGUCAUUUUCCCCCUGGAGGAAGUCCGGACUGGCGGGAGAGAUCCGGCAGAUGUGUCUUCCGAGAGUGACAGCGCCAUGACCUCCAGCACUGUGAGCAAGCUGGCCGAGGCCCGCAGGACGACCUACCUCUCUGGGAGAUGGGUCUGUGACGACCACAAUGGAGACACGAGCAUCAGCAUCACCGGGCCCUGGAUCAGCCUCCCGAACAACGGCGACUACUCCGCCUACUACAACUGGGUGGAGGAGAAGAAGACCACACAGGGCCCGGACAUGGAGCACAACAACCCCGCCUACACCAUCAGCGCUGCGCUCUGCUACGCCACCCAGCUGGUCAACAUUCUGUCCCACAUCCUGGAUACAAACCUUCCCAAAAAGCUCUGCAACAGUGAAUUUUGUGGGGAAAACCUCAGCAGGCAGAAGUUUACUCGAGCAGUGAAGAAAUUGAAUGCAAAUACCCUUUACCUUUGCUUCUCUCAGCAUGUCAAUUUAGAUCAGUUACAACCACUGCACACCCUCAGGAACCUGAUGUACCUGGUCAGUCCGCACUCGGAGCACCUCGGCAGGUCAGGGCCCUUUGAAGUGCGGGCUGAUCUGGAGGAAUCUGUGGAGUUCCUGGGCCCCGGAGCUGCGGGGGAAUCGGAGGAGAGCGGAGACGAGCACAUCAGCGAUGACGAGACCGACCUGGGCACGGACUGGGAGAACCUGCCGAGCCCGCGCUUUUGCGACAUCCCCUCCCAGCCCGUGGAAGUGUCUGAGAGCCAGGGCUCCCAGGCGGCACCGCCCAUCGCGAGCAGCAGUGCUGGCGGUAUGAUCUCCUCGGCGGCCGCCUCCGUCACCUCCUGGUUCAAAGCCUACACUGGGCACCGCUGAUGGCACCUGCCGGAGCUGCAGCGAGUCCGAGCAGCGGCUAGUCCGAGUGCCUGCAGCAAUGAAAAGGGGUUCUGCUGGUUUUGACUUUUUUUCUUCUUUUUAAAGCCGGGAGACCAGCAUUUCUGUUUGUCAGAUGCAGCGGUCUGGUUGUCAAAUGGGCCUGGUCUUCCGACAGCGAAGAAGGCAGGUCAAAGGUCCUUGUGCCCAGCAGCACUGGGGAGGACCGCCCUGGCAGCCAGGCCCCGAUGUGGAGGCAGCACUUCCCGUGGGCCCCCAGGUGGCAGACCCUGGCCCCGGGCUCCUGCGAGGGCAGGGACCGCACAGGCCAACACGGAGAGGGCCUGCUCUGUGCUGGGCCUGCGCCGGGGCCAUGGGGUCCACAAGUUGAGUCACAAGGAAGUGAUUCUGGGCGAGUAGCACUUGAAAGAUUGCUCACUAAGCUGGUGUUGAUGCCACCAUGCUGGGUGUGCUGGUUUGCUUCCUGGUACAGAGGCCAUUGGAAGUCGUUGUACGAUUUGGUCAUCUUGGGUUCUUGGGAUUAUUUUUUGGUGUCUGGGGUGGGCAACCAGUUUUUUGUUUUUUUUUGUGGGUGGGGGGAUGGUACUGUGCAAAUGCCUUCGUUUGCGAUGCGGUGCCUCUUUCUCCCCACGCACCAAAGAGGCCAAGUCCAUGGACUGAAGAAACCCUAGCUGCAAUAAUGCCCCACAGACCCAAACACGGUUUUCUUCUAUUCUGAGGGGAACUGAGCUCCUUGACGUGGCUUUUAAUCCCUACCACCCCCACCCUAUGUGCACUGCAGACGGGAUUUAAGCUGAGAAGGAUCCUCCCUGGUGGAAGCUAACUGCCUGCCGGGGUGCACAGUUCACAAGCCACGGUACCGAGUGACCUCUGGUUACUCUCCCCGGUGUCCAGUUUCUUCUGAGGGGCUGGGUUUGGUAGGUGGCAAGCUCUUGCCCAGAAAAAAGGUCUUUUUGUUUCCCAGAAGUCCUUGCGUCUGUGAAGACCCCGCCUCUGCCCAGAAAUGCAGAGCAGAUCCCAAAGCUGGCACAGCUUACGACGGAGGUGGGUGGGGGGGUGCGGCGAUAGAGUUUGCUCUCUUCAAGUGAUCACCUAAAUAUGUCUUUGUCAUUCUCCUAGUGACAAUCUUACAAGAAAAUUGAGGGGCAUUAUGUACAAAUAUGUAAGUAGAUUUUCUUUUUGAUAACUGAAAACAAAGCAAAACAAAAUCCCAUGUAACAACUACAAAAGCAUUCUAUGAAAAAUUCCUGACAGGCGUUAUUCCCCUAUGCCAUUAGUUAGUUAGUGUGAUUAGCAUGACUGUACCUCAGAUCGGUCACUCGAGGGUGACCUGCCCUAGCAUUUCUCAUGGUGGCCACAGCUGAUGCUUGGCCUCCGCAGCUGAGGUGCUAACUAGCUUUUACUAUACCUUUAUUGGCCGCUUGAUGACAUGGUAGGGGAGGGGUUGAUUCUUGUCAGCAAGUACCCAAUCUCCUGACCCUGACAUUUUCCACUUAGGGGACAAAGGGGCUUCCCCACACCUUAGGGGAUCUUCGAUAGCCACUGUCUGCUUCCAGCGCUCAGCUUCACAAUUGUUGGGCUGGCAUUUUACUACCCAGUUCAGUCGUUCAGAGAGUGGGUGUGUAAACUUGAACAAGCACCGAAUGAACUUGAAAUCUUCCAAGAGUUGCCUAGCUACUUCAGGCCCUCGGAAGUGUUGAAUAAACAGCCCAGUCUCCGAAGUCAGAAGACUGGGAUUUGGUGCUUUGGGCAUAGAGGUGGGCUUCCUGCUCCUCGUGGUUUUCUCAGGUAAAUCUCUUAGGAAAUCACACGAGAGACGCAACUACAAGGGUGGCUCCCGACACCAGGGACACCUAGCUAGUGAUCCAACAGACUGACGGAGACAUGGCUAAUCUAGGGCUGGCUAGGUUAUGUCACAGAGGCUGAUGUUAAUUUCAACUCGAGGCACUUUACUUAGGGUGACGCCAGCAAGCCCGUGGGUGGUUUCUGAGCACCGACAUACUGGCCGACACUGCUGAGAUGUUUGGGUUUUCACGAUUUUGCACUGGAUCCACCCUGUAAAUACUCUAAUAUACAUUUCAGCCACUGUGUUUUCUACUCCUCCUUUGCUGCUCAUUAAGGUCUCUCAUGUAGGUGCCAGAACCAUAUGUAAAACAACUUUUUUUUUUUAAUCUUUUUUUUUAAACAAAAAGCCAUAGAACUUGGUCACAUUUUCCAUUUUAAAAUGAUUUGUUGAAACAUAAUACUAAACAAACAAAAACUACAGGCACCGAACAGGCUGCUUUAAGUCUGUUUCAGACUUUUUUGUAAUGGACUAUAAUGGAGAAGUUUUGCACAUCUUGAGUUAAGGGGAGAAACCAGUCUGCAUUCAGACACUCAGUAAGGAUUCGUGUUUGGUGACUUGGGAAGUUCAGUGGCGGUCUGUAAAAGAAUUCCCACAAUAAGGAUCUCCUCACAGUGUUAUAUUGCAGGGAUUUCCCUUUGCUCUGCAACUUCCAAACAGGUUAGUCAUACAAAAUGUUUUCUAAGCUUUUAUUGUAUUACUGCAAUAAAUCUUUUAACAGCA